AUGUCCCUUCUCUUGGUGAUUUUCGGAUUCAGGAGGAUGCAAGUUCGAAUGGUUGGACUACUGAGAGUUACUGGUCGCCUCCUCCUGACUGGUUGGAUUAAAAUAAACGUGGAUGUAGCAUGCAAGAAACAUCAAUUUAGAACUGCAAUAGGGAUUGUUUGCAGAAAUGAAAAGGGGCAAAUUUUGGCAGCAGCAUCUCGUAGAAUGGAGGCUUACCAUGAUCCGCUAAUGGCAGAAUCUCUUGCUCUCCUUGAAGGCCUGCGUCUGGCUGACCAUCUGAAUAUCCAACAAGUACAGUUUGAAUCAGAUUCUUUGCAAUUGAUCAAUUUGCUAACUGAGGAUCCUAUUUCUUGGUGCGGUUCCAAUGUCUGGUUAGAAGAUAUACGUGUAUUGGCGAGAAAUUUCAUUGAUUUCAAUUUUUUGCAUGUCUGUCGGUCCUCAAACAAGGCAGCCCGCAGGGUUGCUUCUUUUGCUGUUGGUUUUGAUAAUCCCUGUUUUUGGGCUCUGAUUUUCCUGAAUGGUUAA